UGGACCUGUUGGACCUGAACACAACAAGUGAAGUUUUCAAACAGCACAAGUUGAGUCAAAACGACCAGCUGAUUGGUGUCCAGGAUGUGAUCAGCUGUCUCACUACUAUCUACAGUGACCUCGAAGAGAAACACAAAGAUAUGGUGAAUGUUCCUCUUUGUGUGGACAUGUGUCUUAACUGGCUACUCAAUGUGUAUGAUAGUGGCCGAACUGGAAAAAUUCGAGUGCAGUCCCUGAAAAUUGGCUUGAUGUCUCUCUCUAAGGGCCUUCUGGAAGAGAAGUACAGAUAUCUCUUCAAGGAAGUGGCAGGCCCCACAGAAAUGUGCGACCAAAGGCAGCUGGGCCUGCUGCUUCACGAUGCUAUCCAGAUCCCGCGGCAGCUUGGGGAGGUGGCAGCCUUCGGUGGCAGCAACAUUGAACCCAGCGUGCGCAGCUGCUUCCAACAGAACAACAAUAAACCAGAAAUAACUGUAAAGCAAUUUAUAGAUUGGAUGCGCUUAGAGCCACAGUCUAUGGUAUGGCUACCAGUUCUACACCGCGUGGCAGCUGCAGAAACAGCAAAACAUCAGGCCAAGUGCAACAUCUGUAAAGAAUGUCCAAUUGUUGGUUUUAGGUACCGGAGUUUAAAACACUUCAACUAUGACGUCUGCCAGAGCUGUUUCUUUUCUGGCCGUACAGCAAAGGGGCAUAAAUUGCAUUACCCAAUGGUGGAGUAUUGCAUACCU